AUGUUGGAUCACUUGUCGGGAGCAAAAAUAUUUUCGAAAAUAGACUUAAGGAGUGGAUACCACCAAAUACGAAUGAGGCCCGGUGACGAAUGGAAGACAGCCUUUAAAACUCGGGAUGGCUUAUUUGAAUGGUUGGUGAUGCCAUUCGGAUUGACAAAUGCUCCUAGCACAUUUAUGAGACUCAUGAACCAGGUAUUUCGUCCUUUUAUUGGAAAGUUUGUAGUUGUUUACUUUGACGAUAUUCUGGUUUAUAGUCAUAAUGCUGUUCAACACAUGGAGCACUUAAGACAAAUCUUUGAAGUUUUACGGGAGCAGCAACUCUUUGCCAAUUUGAAGAAGUGUGAAUUUUUGACAGAUAGCUUAAUUUUUCUUGGGUAUGUGAUAUCAUCAGAAGGUAUUAAAAUGGAUACAAAAAAAAUUGAAGCAAUACAAGAGUGGCCUAUACCACAAUCUGUCCAUGAGGUGCGAAGUUUCCAUGGCUUAGCUUCAUUCUACCGAAGAUUUAUCAGAAAUUUCAGCUCCAUUAUGGCGCCCGUGACUGAUUGUAUGAAGCAUAAUAUUUUCAAAUGGACUGAAACUGCAGAGAAGAGCUUUCAAACCAUAAAGAAAGCUAUGACUGGAGCACCAUUAUUAAUUCUACCAGAUUACCAAAAGGUUUUUGAGGUAGAUUGUGAUGCAUCCAAAGUUGGGAUUGGAGCUGUUCUUAGCCAGGAGGGGAGACCAGUUGCCUUCUUUAGUGAAAAACUCAAUGACACUAGACAACGCUACUCUACCUAUGAUAUUGAGUUUUAUGCCAUUAUGCAAUCUCUUAGACAAUGGAGGCAAUAUCUGAUCUACAAGGAAUUUAUCCUUUACUCUGAUCAUGAAGCAUUGAGAUUUAUCAAUGGGCAACACAAAUUGAAUCGGAGACAUGCCAGAUGGGUGGAAGAAUUGCAGGAGUACAAUUUUGUGAUUAAACACAAGGCUGGAAUCCACAAUAGAGUAGCAGAUGCUUUAAGUCGCAAGGUGGCCUUAUUAUCUGUCAUGCAAAUUAGAGUGGAGGGCUUUGAGCAAGUGCAGGAGUUAUAUAAAGGAGACAAAGAAUUUGGUGAAAUCUGGUCCGAAUGUGUGCACAAUAAUUCAGUACAAGAUUACCAUAUUCAAGAUGGAUAUUUAUUCAAGGGGAGCAAAUUAUGCAUUCCUGAUUGUUCUUUACGGUUAUGGAUAAUUGAGGAGCAACAUGGGGGAGGCCUUGGAGGACACUUUGGGCGAGACAAAACAAUUGAUCUUGUUGAGAACAAAUUUCAUUGGCCCAAGUUGCGAAGAGAUGUGGAGAGAUACGUACAAAGAUGUAGGACUUGCCACGUGGCCAAGAGUCGUAGUCAGAACACGGGGCUUUAUACUCCUUUGCCAGAGCCACGGGCACCGUGGGAAGACAUUAGCAUGGAUUUCGUUGUUGGCCUUCCAAAGACAAAACAAGGAUUUGAUUCAGUCAUGGUAGUUGUUGAUCGCUUUUCGAAGAUGGCCCAUUUCGUUCCUUGUAAAACAACCAUGGAUGCUAGCAAUAUUGCCCAUAUUUAUUUUCAGGAGAUUGUCAAAUUGCAUGGGAUUCCCACUACAAUUACAUCAGAUAGAGACACCAAGUUUGUGGGACAUUUUUGGAGGACUUUGUGGCGUAAGAUGGGGACCCGGCUCCAAUUUAGCAGUGCACAUCAUCCCCAAACGGAUGGUCAGACAGAGGUUGUCAAUAGGACCCUUGGUAACUUAUUGAGGUCUUUGGUUAGUAGCAAUAAAACGGGCUGGAAUGAUGUUCUACCGCAUGCAGAAUUUGCAUAUAACCAGUCAAAAAGUAGAACCAUUGGAAUGAGCCCAUUUGAAGCUGUCUAUGGUCGCAACCCUUCUAGUCCAAUUGACUUAAUUCCUUUGCCGGUAGAGAAUCGUUUUAGUGGGGAUGCCAAUGACAUGGUUGAUCAUAUCAAGAAGGUCCAUGAACGUGUUAGCCUUCGACUUAAAGAGAGCAACACCAAGUAUAAAGAAAGUGCUGAUAAACAUAGGCGUUACAAGGAGUUCCAAGAAGGGGAUUUAGUGUGGAUCAACUUAAGAAAGGAGAGAUUCCCUCGUGGAAAAUAUGGUAAAUUGCAUGAUAGAGGUGGUGGACCAUACAAAAUAUUGAAAAGGGCUGGUCAAAAUGCUUAUGUGCUUGAGUUGCCGAAUGACAUUGGUGUCUCGCCUACAUUCAACGUCGCUGACUUACAAGCUUACUAUGGUGAGAAUGAAACUCCAGAUUUUGACUCGAGGUCGAGUCCUUUCCAACCCGAGGAGUCUGAUGCAGGAGCAUCCCAAGCCAAACUAGGGAAGCCCAAGAGAUCAGUUAAACCUCCUAAUUACCUUAAAGAUUAUAUCCCAAAAUAA